UCCGAAGGCUCGGGCAGUCAGUCGGACCGUGUCGGGCGCGGGCAGAUUUCCAUCGCCAGCGACGCGCCCGCACUUGGGCGCAGUUGGAUGACGUAGGAGUAGCCGGUGCCGAUCCGGAUCGGUUGCUGAGGCCGGUGGAGAGCGGAUUCGGAUUCUGCUCCGGCCCCGGGAUGGAUUACACGGUUCAUGAGGCCUGGAACGACGCCACCAACGUUUAUCUGAUGGCCGGGCUGCUGAGUGUCGGGUUGCUGCUUUACGCGAGGAGAAAUAAAAGACAGAUCAUGAGAAUAUUCACUGUCCCUCCUGCUGGUAAUUCCAGUCCAGAGCCCAACUUCUAUGACAACCUACAGAAGGUUCGCUUGCGUCAGCAACUGGACAUGUACUCGAUCGCACGCAAGUACGAGCAAGAGCAGGGACAGUUGGACAGUGUGCAGCUUACAAUGGAAUGACACUUGCAGUACCAUCGCUGGUAGAAGUAGAAGAAUGUGUGGGACAGUUGCACGAGCUAGAAAACCCAGUAAAGUGCUCCUUCAAAGCCUGCAAUUGGUGGGGAAAUGCUGGGAAUUGAACCUUUAAUACACACAUCUACAGGACUAAUAAACGAGAGACAUAGAGGUUACUGCCCACCUCACUAAAAAUAUUUUUCCAUCCUUCACGUCUAACAGCAAUCAUGUCAAUUGUGAAAAUUUUCUCCUGACAAAUAUGGAAAAGGGAUUCAAGAUCCCCAGUACGCUGGUGUUAAUAGUUUUAUGUAGAGUACCAUGACCAACCCAAAGGUCUCGAAGUUUGUAUUACUGGGUUACUGAGAAUGUCUGUUUGUUUUUGAGGAUUGAAUUUGUUAUGAAUGACUGGAUUGUUUUCAAUUAGGAGUUAAAUCAAGCAGCUCCAAUAUAAGAUUCCUACAUACAGAGCUUGGUUUAACAUAAACAAAAAUGUCUUGGUCAAAGUGCAACUUUGUUAUAGAACAUUCGGCCCACUGUGUUGUGCUGACCUUAGAAUCUACUCUAAAAUUCCUUGGUAACUCUUCCCUCCCACAUAAUCCUCCAUUUCUGCCUAUCUGGAGUCUGUUAAAUUUCCCCUGUGCAUCUGCUUCUCCCGCCAACCCUGCUCUAGCUACUCUGUGCAUUUAAAAAGCACCUACCUCUGUCAUCUAUUCUAUCUUGUCAGACAUGUUACUGAUACUUGGUAUAACAUUCUAAUUCAUCGUAAAAGUUAGAAUUAUAUGACUUGUAAAAGAAGAAAUAAUCUUCACUGAAUUGUUUUUAAAUGAAAAUAUUCUGAUCAAUGGUCAGAUAAUUUUCUGUUUUUCCUUUUCGACAACUAUUGAUGUGUCCAUGGGCAUUUGUGGAUUAGAGUGUCAUUUUGCCUUUCAGCAGGGUUACCAGCUAAUGAGCCAGGAUGAGAAGUGCAAUCUCAGCUCUAUCUCUGCAGCCACUGGAAUCGCAGACAAAUGUAAAUUAAUUCAGGACUUGACGGACUUUGAAUUAAGAUAUUUCUGAUCUGUUUGCUAUUCAGUGUGCACAUCCUAGGGCAGGCAUCUUCAGGAAUUCGUGCAUCAGUAAUUUUUCAGCUACCUGAGGAGGUUGUUUUGAUGGUAUGUUUCUGAAUGGUAACUUGGGUUUGGUUGUGAUUUAUCCUAGGUUUGACCCCAAAAACAAAUGGACAGCAACUCUGCUCCGCAAAUUACAUUUCAGUCAGUGUUAAUUUGACUGGGUGAAAAUUUAUGCUUUGUUUGAAAAUAUCUGAAAAUGUUAUCAAUAAAAUAUUUUAAUUGAC